ACAACCCAAUUCAAUAACUAAUAAUUCAAAAUGGAUCGAUUUGCAAAAAUUCUUUGCAUACCUAUACUUCUCCUUCUGAUGGUUAUAGCUAUGGCAGAUGCAACUUCAUUAAGCUAUGCAAAAUGUACGAUUAAAAAGUACAAAAUGUGUUACAAUGUCGAGCGUGCUUGCCCUAGUUCGUGCCCUAAUAGUUGCAUUGUUGAUUGUGCUUCUUGCGAAUCUAUAUGCAUGCAGGAGGAUGAUGGUUAUUCGUCGAUCCUCGCUCUUGGUCGUCGUUCUUUAUUAGAUUCCGGUGAUGGAAAUGGCGACGAUGGCUACGGAAGGAGCGACGAAGAUGAUGGAAAUGGCGAUGGCGACAAACCACCAAAGAGGGCCAAGUGCUUAGACAGAUACUAUCCUCGAUGUUACAAUACCGAGCAUGUAUGUGCAAGUCAUUGCCCUGUAUGUGAUGUUGAUUGUAAGACUUGCAAGCCUCUCUGCCAAUGUGAUAGACCGGGAGCAGUCUGCCAUGACCCGCGAUUCAUUGGUGGAGAUGGCCUUACCUUUUACUUCCAUGGCAAGAAAGACCGCGAUUUUUGCCUUGUUUCGGACUCUAAUCUUCACAUCAAUGCUCAUUUCAUCGGCAAGAGGAACGAGAAGAUGUCGAGAGACUUCACUUGGGUCCAAUCUAUUGCAAUCCUCUUUGAUAAUCACCAAAUAUUCCUCGGUGCACUUAAAACCUCAACAUGGAACGAUUCCAUGGACCGCCUUUCCCUUUCUUUCGACGGUGAACCUAUAAAUCUCCUCGAAAACAAAGGCAUCACGUGGCAAUCUUUGAAUGCACCAGGCGUAUCGGUCACUAGAUCAACCAAUACUAACAAUGUCAUUAUUGAAGUCGAAGGGAAUUUCAAGAUUACGGCCAAGGUCGUCCCUAUAACAGAACAAGAAUCAAGAAUUCACAACUAUGGAAUUACAAAAGAUGAUUGUUUUGCCCAUCUUGAUCUUGGAUUCAAAUUCUAUUCUUUAAGUGAUCAAGUAAAUGGUGUGUUAGGUCAAACCUAUGGAGCGGGAUAUGUUAGCCGAGUGAAUAUUGGUGCUAAAAUGCCUGUAUUGGGAGGGAACAAAGAGUUCCAAACUUCAAGCCUCGUUGCACCGGAUUGCGCGGUUGCUCGAUUCGCCGGUGUUAACGGCAAUGCCAACGGAUUUAGGCAGGGUCUUGAGCUGGCAAGCUUAAGUUGUGCAAGUGGGAUUGAUGGACAUGGAGUAGUAUGCAAAAGAUGAGCAGAUAAAUGAUAUUGCAAACACAAAUUAAUUAAUUUUAAAUUAAUAAGAUUGUCAUGCCAUAAGAGGAUGAAAACAAUGCUCCUCUAUAGUUCAUCAAAUUAAAUCAUUUCCAUUUUCUGCAUAUUUGAAAUUUUAAAUAAGUUCAUGUUAUAGUGUAAUGUGCAAGAAGAGUUGCCUCAUCAUGUUAUCAUUUA